UCCUAUAAUGAAUAAAACCUAUAAAAGGUCCAGCAAAUUGGAUUCAGCCUUUCUUCUUCACCGUGACCAUGCUUGAAGGCUGAUGAGCAGAGGCCAACAGAGAAGCUUACCUGAGAAAACCCACUUGUUGAGAGGUUCUCAUGCUGAACAUGAAUAUGUUGGUCCAUUUCUGGCUUCUCUGUGGCCUGAGCGCUGUUGUGGCCCCUCAGAAUGUCACACAAGAAGCCCAAGAGUUUUUAGAAGAGUUUAACAGGAGAGCAGAAGAUAUCAGCUAUGAGAACUCCAUUGCGUCAUGGAACUACAACACCAACAUCACUGAGGAGAAUGCCAAUAAAAUGAGCCAGGCAGGUGCCAAGUGGUCCGCAUUUUACGAGGAGGCCUCCAGGAAUGCCAGCAACUUCCCAGUAGACAGCAUCACAGAUGACCUCACCAAGCUCCAGAUCCAGACUCUCCAGGAAAGAGGAUCAUCUGUGCUAUCAUCAGAAAAAUAUAACAGACUGAGCACUGUGCUAAAUACAAUGAGUACCAUCUACAGCACUGGGACUGUCUGUAAAACCAACAAUUCAUCUGAGUGUUUGGUGCUGGAGCCAGGUCUGGAUGCUAUUAUGGCUGAGAGCACUGAUUAUAAUGAGAGACUGUGGGCCUGGGAAGGCUGGAGAGCUGGUGUUGGCAGAAUGAUGAGACCAUUAUAUGAAGAGUAUGUUGAACUUGAAAAUGAGGUUGCAAGGCUUAAUGGUUAUUCUGACUACGGAGACUACUGGAGAGCAAAUUAUGAAGCAAAGUCUCCAGAGAAUUACAAAUACAGCCGUGACCAGCUGAUUGAUGACGUGGAGAAAACAUUUGAGCAGAUAAAACCUCUGUAUGAGCAGCUGCAUGCCUAUGUGAGACACAAGCUGGGGCAAGCGUAUGGCCCUGAGCUCAUCAGCUCCACAGGAGGCCUCCCUGCUCACUUGCUGGGUGAUAUGUGGGGUAGAUUCUGGACAAAUCUGUAUGCCUUGACUGUUCCCUAUCCAGCCAAACCAAACAUUGAUGUAACUUCUGCAAUGGUUGAAAAGAAAUGGAAUGCAAUUAAAAUAUUCAAAUCUGCUGAGGCCUUCUUUGUUUCCAUUGGCCUUGAUCCCAUGACUGAGGGCUUCUGGGAAAACUCCAUGCUCACAGAGCCCGGAGACAACAGGAAGGUUGUGUGCCAUCCUACAGCAUGGGACCUGGGCAAAAACGAUUACAGGAUCAAGAUGUGCACCAAAGUGACCAUGGAUGACUUCCUGACUGCACACCACGAGAUGGGCCACAUUGAGUACGACAUGGCAUACGCGGAGCAGCCCUACCUGCUCAGGAGUGGUGCCAAUGAGGGCUUCCACGAAGCUGUAGGUGAAAUUAUGUCACUUUCUGCAGCCACUCCUCAGCACUUGAAAUCUCUUGGUCUCCUAGAGCCAACUUUCCAAGAUGAUGAAGAAACUGAAAUCAACUUUCUUCUCAAACAAGCACUAACGAUUGUUGGAACAAUGCCUUUUACUUACAUGCUGGAGAAGUGGAGGUGGAUGGUGUUUAGGGGUGAGAUUACAAAGCAGGAGUGGACCAAACAGUGGUGGGAGAUGAAGAGAGACAUAGUUGGUGUUGUGGAACCAGUCCCUCACGAUGAAACCUACUGUGACCCUGCCACACUGUUUCAUGUGGCCAACGAUUACUCCUUCAUAAGGUAUUACACCCGCACCAUCUAUCAGUUCCAGUUUCAGGAGGCACUUUGCAGGGCAGCUAACCAUACUGGCCCUCUUCACAAAUGUGACAUUACCAACUCCACUGCAGCUGGGCAGAAACUCAGACAGUUGCUGGCAUUAGGGAGAUCCAAGCCCUGGACUCAAGCACUGGAAAGUGUAACAGGAGAAAAAUACAUGAAUGCAGCUCCCCUGCUCCACUACUUUGAACCUUUAUAUGAGUGGCUGAAAAGAAACAAUUCUGGCAGAUUCAUUGGCUGGAAAACAGACUGGGCUUCAUAUUAUAGCAAUGCCAUCAAAGUGCGCAUCAGCCUGAAGUCAGCGCUGGGGGACCAGGCGUAUGAAUGGGAUGAGAAUGAGCUCUUCUUGUUCAAGUCAUCUGUCGCCUAUGCCAUGAGAAAAUACUUCGCAAAGGUGAAGAAACAGGAAGUUGACUUCCAAAUUACAGACGUUCAUGUCAGGGAGCAGACACAAAGGAUCUCCUUCUACAUUACUGUCAGCAUGCCAGGUGAUAUCGGUGAUCUUGUGCCCAAAGCUGAUGUGGAAAAUGCCAUCAGUAUGUCUCGAGGACGAAUCAAUGAGGCUUUCAGACUGGAUGAUAAUACCCUGGAGUUUGUGGGAAUACUUCCAACCCUGGCUGCACCCUAUGAACCACCAGUAACUAUCUGGUUAAUUGUAUUUGGGGUGGUCAUGGGUCUGAUUGUCGUUGGAGUUAUUGCCUUGGUCAUCACUGGGCAAAGAGAUCGCAAAAAGAGAGCAAGAGAAAGCAGAGGUGAAGCAGGAUCAAAUCAUGAAGAGGUGAACCCUUAUGGAGAAGAGGGAAGAAGCAACCUGGGCUUUGAGCCAGCUGAAGAGACACAAACAUCAUUUUAAACUGUGUGGGUACAAUAAGGGCUUCUGUUUUUCUCUUCAUUUCACUUUUAACAAUAGUGCCUAGCAAAGGAGCAAAACACUAUGGAUGUCAUCAAACAAUGUCUUCUGGUUGACCAUUGAUCUACUGGUUCAUGGCCAAAGCAACUAAAUCUGCUCUCUGUGUGGUAACUAGAAAACAUGCAUGGCUUUUCUAUGAAUUAUGUGCAUAACAUUACACACCAUCUGUGCUGCUUUUCAUGUGUGUGCAGCAUCCAACUUUUGUUUCCUGUGUAAUGAGAAACAAAGGCUUGGAAGUAUAUAGUUGUAUACAGACCAAGACACACAUAAAAAUAACUCAUAUACUCCUGAAGAACAUCUUGAUCUUCCCAGAUGGAGACUUCAAAAGUGUUGAAAAGUGAUGAAAAAUCCCUUGACUAUCAGAAGAACCUUAGUGAUAAAGAACUCAAUUUGAUAUAACUGCAAUUUUUGCACCUUCAAGAAAUCUGUAUCAAUGUAAAAUGGGUACUGGAUGAAGACUAACAAGCACUGGAGGUUUAUUAGAAAAUCAUAAGUUAUUUUUCUAACUGUUUUCUUGAUAAGUAUUGUAGAAACAAAAUAGCCCAUGCUCCCUCAAAAAAAGAAAAAAAGCUCUUUUAUGUUGUAUUAAAAAUGGAAACUUCCUAAAUACUAAAUGAUCAAAGUGGUUUUGGUUAUUUUUCCCUAUACCUUGGCCAUUGCCUCCACUAUUAUAAAUACUGCAUUACAAAUGCUGUGUACAACAAAUACAAUUUUGCUAUUACAUACAAGGGCCAGUAGAUUAAGGCUUGGGAAAUUCUGGUUGCACCUGAGAAACAAAAUCAGUUCACAUGGAGGGUAGAUCAGCACUGGACCAGGUUUGCUACUCUGUACUCUGGGAGAGGCUGUGUGAUCUCCACCUUUAGAAGUGUUCAGAGAUCAGGUAGGUGAAGGUGUGCACGAUGGAGCAGUGGGGAUAAUCCCACUCUGACUGAGAAGUUUGGUGAUGACCUCCAGAGGACCCUUUCAGCCAGAUUUUCUAUGAUUCUGAGUCUUGAAGGUCCCCCACUGUAGCUGCAACCGUGCCAGUGUGUUUUCUUUAUGUAUACACCCAGACACUGAAAACCAGAAGGUUUUCUGACAGUCAGUCCCAGAUUCCGAUAAAGAACCAGUAGCAAACACGAUCCUGCAUGAAAAAUGCUCAGAAAAUGCAUGGACUCUUAAAAUCAAGGGCCUCCAAAAUGAUCACAAUCUGUAGAAAGCAGCCAAACAUUUAUCUGAAGAUUACCUCUGGGCUCUAUGGCUUCACAUGCUCCACAUUCAUUUCCUGUUUAAGACACAAGACCCUUAAAUGAAGCAGCUCAAAAUGGCCAGCAGAUGAUGCUUAAUAAUUAACAGCAAGCUAGACACUAAUGCAAAGGAAGGAAAAUACUUUUUUAAAGUUGCUUAUCUAUACCACAUAUUCCAUUGCCAUAACAGUCCCAAACCUUAGUACUUGAGCUGAACUUUUAGGAUAAAUAAAUCAACUAUUUGUGGUCUUCCUACUUUGCUGUAAAACAGAAAAGAAAUGGCAAUUCUGAAAACAAUCAAAUACAGUAAUUAGUCAUGCCAGCCAUCUUCAGAUCUGUUGUAAGAGUAACUUUUUCAUUAUGACAAAGCCAUAAUUUCAAUACAAUUAAUUUUAAAAGCUGUGCUAUGAGAUAAACAAAAAACACCAUUCAGAAUUAUCAACACAUAAAGUUGCUAUAAGAAUAUGGAAGAACAUAAAAAAAGACAACAUUUAUAUGAAAAAAAUCACUUGCAUGCAUUAGGCCCACCAAUAGCUCACACCUUCUGUGCUGGGGGAGCCCUCCUCCUCCUGCUUUCUCAGUGUCUGCACUCCUUCCUGACCCUUCUUCUGAGUCAGCACUGCUUGGGCCAGGUUGGUCCAUGGGCAGCAUCAGAUCAAGCCCUGCACAGAUCCCCAAGGUCAUUUGCAUCACCCCAAACGCUGCUUUCCCUCAAACACACCUGCAGCUCCCCAGGUAGACAAGGAUAUGCUCUCUGAGCCAGCUUCCUGUGCUGGGACCAAGCAGUGCUGGCAAGGACAGGCAUGGGAGCCUCUGUCUGGCCAGAGACCUUCAUUUCUUUCUGCUCUUUCCUCACAUGUCUGCACCCUGCAUUUCUUAUUCCUUAGGUGAGCUCAAACUAGAGCUGCAGAGGGGUCCCUGUUAGGGCUGGGCCAGCUCCAUCAGGAAAGGGGCAAGCAGACAUCACUGGGACUCUUAAGGGCAUUGCAUGCUGAACUGGCUCAGAUAUGGGAGAAAGAAAAGGAUUUAUUUCAGAAAUUACUCAAUUUUAAAGCCUCAUUAUACAUUAUUAUUAUACAUAUCAGCAUUUUACAACUGUCAGUGCCUAAGUUUAGAUGCCUCUGUUAUGUGGCUUCAGAUGUAUCUGUAUCUCAAGACUUGCUGAAGUUAGCACAAAUUUUUGUAGUGCUGAGCACAUUUGAAAGUUGGGUGCUCCUAUUUAAGCACUAACAUCAGAAGACAAAUUUCAGUGCCUCUGUAGUAAAGUAUUUGGCUAAGCAAUAAUAUUAAUAGCAUUUUCAUUUAUCUUCAAAUUUUUUCUUCUCAAGUUUUAUAGAGAUCAGCAAAUUUACCAUUUACUGUUGAAGUGACUAUAGAAUUCUGCAUAAAACAUUAUUUUCUUUAUUUUUACCUGUUAUUGCAGGAAGCACUAACACUCUACUCGAUGCCUCAUAUGUUGCUAAAUUGAAAAUAUCCUAAAUAUGCAGCUUAGAAUGAGUUCCAAAUCAAAUAUAUACCCCGCGGGCCAAAACUAGAGUCAAUAACACUGGUGAGAAAACAGAUAUAAUAUUUUACCUGUAGUAAUUUCUAAGUAAUUGAAAGUGAGACUAUAUUUCUUUAUGUUGCUGUCACUUGCAGUAGUUCUAAAUUCAACUUUAGGUGUCAGCUUCAAGUGAUUAUGAAGAAAAAAACACAUUCAGAUGAGUUAUGAUAAUCAGAAAACCUAGCAAGGAUAUAUUUCCCUGUUUACAUUUCCAGUUAAGGCCAAAUAAUGACAAUCUGGAGGCACUGAAGGAGUGCACAUAAUUGGUAUAUAUAUCUCAGUGUCUGGGAAGUCUUUUGAAAAAAUGCUAACAAAAUAAAUUAUAUUCUUCCACAGUAUCCUUUCAAAUUCUGUCAUCCACAGAGUGUCAGAAAUGCUUUCUCCAUAUGCUUCUUGGUCAGCCCCCUGAUUAAACGAGAAGAACACUAAAAUACAGAAUAAUAAGGUUGGCUAAUGUCAGGCAGAUUUCAGGUUCAGCUCUUGUAGAGCAGGCAGGUGAUGUGGAGCCAGUAUGCACAGUCAUCUGUUUCUGAAUCUUAUUUUUCAAGCUCUGUUGCCUUCUCUCAAUGCCUCAAAAGAAUGGUAACAGCUGAUAAAAGGCAGGGUGCUGUUCUGGUAGCUAAAUGAAGCAAAGAUGAUAUGUAUAGUUACCUAAUUUUAAAAUAAUUCAGACACUGUAAUUUGCAUUCCUUUUUCUUGAUUUUAGCAUGCAGAAAUUCAUAGAGGGUGAUGUCGCUACAAAUUUCUGCAUGCUAAAAUAAAGUUGCAGGAGAUAAAUAAAAUUCAGCUUACUUUUUAUAUCUAUUUUACAUUGUGAUAGUUUAAUCUUCUUUCUCUGCACUAAUAUGGCCUCUAAUAUAAGUCACUUUACUCAUUUUCCUGGCAAUUACAUUAAAAAAACCCAAGGGAACAUCACAGUCAUUUCGUGGUGUAAUCAAUAAUGUCCAAAACAGUUCUUUGUUGCUGGUGAGAAACAAGUCCUGGUCUACAGGCAGCUGAUCAACAUUUCGAAGAGGAACAAUAAAUCAGGAUAAUUUUUGGCACAGAAGAUGAAGAUCUCAAAAUAAAAAGAUCAUAAUCAGCAUUUGCCUGACAGCUCCUAGAAUGGAUGGGGUAACAUCCUUCUGUUUUAAGGACAGGGUUGUUUCACACAGAUUAAAACUGUAUGUUAUAAAACUGGAUGUCUCCUCUAUGUCUGCUGUUUAAAAUCUCUGUACAGGAAGGCAAAUAUCUUCUAUUCUGUGGCUGCUGAGAGAGAAAGGGCAAAUGACCACAGGGAGGUAUCAGUAAUGGUCCUGUAGUCAUGGAAGAAAUUUAGUUAGUUUAGCUCAGCACACAAUUUUUAAACUGUUAAAAUUAGGUGAGAGGAAUCUCAUCUUGUAUUUGUUGAUGUUGAAAGGUGUUAUGCUUAAAUAUGUACUUCUAAAAAGAAGAAAACCAGCCUACCUUUGUGCCUCAUUUCCUGUAUUAACCAUGUCCUGAACUAGGUAAUGUAGAAUGUAUUACUUACAAGCAAUGACUUUUAUUAAAGGAUAUUUUCAUUAUGA